AUGCCAGCAUUUCUAAUUAACGGGCAGGAUGUUUUCCGUCUCAGAGAUAGGGCUGUAGAUGUUGGGCACGAAAAGAUUGGGACACUCCCCCACGUUCCUGUUUCCGCGGCUUGCUUUGCGACUGACAGUAUUUAUUAUGUUCCCGAAUACUCACCAGAGUCUUUGCUGUCGUGGUGUCCAUCGGAACCCGCUAAGCUCAUCACAAAAUUUUCACAUCCCGUGAAAAAGAUUAUUUUUUUCCAUAAUAAAGUGUUUUGUGCGCAGAAGAAAGGUCAUUUUAUUUUCUCCUACGAUCCCCUCAGUGGAGUGACUGAAACGCUAGAAAUGCCUUGCGAAGUCGCAGACUUUGAGCCGGGCGGCAAUGGAUUUGUAGUUCUAAAUGAAACAGGAGAUCUUUAUGGCUACAGUUUUGAUAAUGGGGUGAAUAAGAUUCACGAAGUUGUGAGUAUGAAACUCUUAGGUAAUUACCGAAAUGCUGCUGUUGUCUGGGUGGCUUCAAAAUGCGCUGCAGUAAGUGUGACCGAAGAGGGGAACGCGUGCACCCCCACCCUUUCUUCAAUUGAGCAUUGUUUUGUUGUGGAUCAAAAUGAUGUUAUUCAACUAGACAAAGACGCCAAAGUUUUAAUUUAUCCGAAUGGUCUUAGACGCUCUAUUCCAGGUAGGUCGGAGCAUAUUCACCUGCUUCACUCGCCAGUUAUGGAAACGGAACGAAUUUGUGUCUUGUGCUUGUGUGAGUUAGACGAAUCUGGAAGUUUGACGUUAGAUUGUAGUCAUCAAUUCCAUAUCGAAUGUGUUUUGGAAUGGGUAAAUAAUUGGGAUGAGUUCAAAAAAAAAGGAAGCCACAUAUCUUUCACACGUGCGAUGUGUCCGGGGGGCUGCAAACAUUUGGUUCGGCAUCCAUUGAUACAGCCAGCUUCGAAAUGUAUUAGAGAGCUUUUCUCCAAUGUGUCCCUUCAAAAGCGCAAAAUGGUUCAAUUGAUAUAUCCCUCUAAAACCGAGGAUGAUCUGCUGUUUUACAUUUGCAGUAAAUGUUCUAAUCCCUUUUUAGGAGGUGAAAACAUUUGCUUCCGAAUGCAGGGAGGGGAGCCAGCAAAGGAUCCGAGUAGCUUGUUAUGUGAAAACUGCAAAACGGACUUCCAUUGUUCGAAACAUGACCGCGAAUAUGUCAUUUACAAAUGUAGCUAUUGUUGUAAUCCGGCAACUCAUCGAUCCUUUGCCACGCGUUACCUUUGCGAUCGAUGCGACGAACGCUGGACAGGUUCCAUUGAAGUGGAGAAAAUUCCGUGUCCUGGACCGAAUGCCUGCCCAUUAGGUGGACAUCACAAUACUACAUGUACCUAUCCUAUUGGAUGUUUUCUAUGCCUACCUGAAGAUUUCUUGGCAAUGGAUUGUAUUAUCCCUUCCUCUAGGGGUGAAGGUGAGGGCCACACAAUCGAAUAA